GUCAGGAAGAUACAGCGAUUUGUAAACAUGGCUGUUGAGGGGAACAGCGUGGCCCUACCGCAGUUUCUUAAGAAAAUAGAACUGAUAAAACAGGGUGCAGAAGCUCGUGUAUAUCGAGGGUCAUUUUUGGGCAAGCCAACCAUUGUAAAAGAAAGGUUUCCGAAAUUGUAUAGACACCCGUUGUUGGAUGAAAAACUCACACAUCGCAGAACCGUGCAAGAGGUGCGCUCAAUACUUCGCUGUCGAAAAGCUGGCAUAUCUGCACCAGUCGUCUACUUUGUAGACUACACCUCCCACUGCAUCUUCCUUGAAGACAUCGUCGGCUCCAUCACCGUACGAGACCACAUCGCCUCCACUCCGCUCUCCUCUGCCCAGAAACUCCCAGAGGAACGCCUGGACCAGCUCGCUAAGAAGAUGGGUCAGAUUCUGGCCAAAAUGCACGAUGAGGACGUUGUCCAUGGAGACUUGACCACUUCCAACAUGCUGUUGAAGGCGGGCACUGAGAGCGGAGAGACGGAGCUGGUCCUCAUUGACUUUGGCCUGAGCUACAUAUCAGCGCUGCCCGAGGACAAGGGAGUGGAUAUGUACGUGCUGGAGAAAGCUUUCCUCAGCACCCACCCCAACACUGAGGCUCUGUUCGAGAAGCUGCUGAAGGCCUACGCAGCCUCAUCCAAGAAGUCCCACGCUGUCAUCAAAAAGCUUGACGAAGUUCGGUUGAGAGGGCGAAAGAGGUCGAUGGUCGGUUGAGGGGGAGAAAGAGGCCAUUGGUCGGUUGAGGGGGAGAAAGAGGCCAUUGGUCGGUUGAGGGGGAGAAAGAGGCCAUUGGUCGGUUGAGGGGGAGAAA